UAUCCUCGAUCGAGAGCCGAUCCGUAUAAAAAUGCACCGCGUUGCGAGGUGUGGUCACACUUGGAUUUGCCUCUUCCCACUGACCAGGAUACCCAAGAUGCACGCCCUUGUGAUCGUCCUCACAGCUUUGGUGUCCCAUGCUCUGGCCGGCGGCUAUGCUGGCGGACCAGUGGGAGGAGGUGGAGGCGCCGGCGGCCCGGGCGUUGUGCACGGUGGUCCGGGCGUUGUGCACGGUGGCCAUGCAGGCGUCGUGCACGGUGGUCCAGGCGUCGUGCACGGUGGCCCAGGCGUCGUGCACGGUGGUGGAGGCGUGGGCCUGGGCCUCGCCGGCGGUGGUGGUGGUGGCGGCGCUGGUCUAGUAGGCGGCCACGCGGUCGCUGUGCCACUUCCCAGCCCCCACCGCGUCGUAGGCCACGUUAAAGUAGCUCCUGUCAAGACCGUCUCGUACGUCAAGAAGCCCGUCGUCAGCGUCAGCUACGUGACCAAGCCCGUGGUGAGCUACGUGAAACAGCCUGUAACCACCGUGUCGCACACCGUCCAGCCCGUGGUCACUGUGAGCCACGCCGUCCUCAGCGACGUUCGCGCCCUCGGAGCAGGCGGAGGAGUCGGAAGUGGCCUGGUAGGAGCUGGUUUCGGUGGCGGACUGGGCACCAUUGGAGCCGUCGAUGGUGGAGUCAGCGUCGUGAACGGCUACGGCUUGGCACCGUACGGCCUUGCAGGCUACGGCGCCGGCGUUGGUUUCGGACACGGCUACGGAGGAGGUUAUGGAGGAGGUUACGGAGGAGGCUACGGAGGAUAUGGGGGAGUUGGCCUCAAGGGAACCGUGGUUGCCGCCGACGUCGGAGCUUUCGGAGGAUACGGCGGUGGCCUCGGUUAUGGAGGAAGCGUCACCUACGCCACAGGACUGGGCUACGGCGGCGGCUAUAAUGGUGGCUACGGAGGAGGCUACGGAGGCGGCUAUGGCGGAGGAUACGGGGGCAACUAUGGUGGUGGCCUGGGUCUCGCUACCUACGGCGUCAAAGGACACCUUAAUGCAGGCGCUCUUGGCGUCGGACUUAAGGGAGGCUAUGCGGUUGGUGGAGGUUACGGGGGUGGACUGCCUGGUGUCGGGGUUGGGGGAGGUCAUGGAGGUGGCUAUGGAUGGUGAAACACCAUGCUCUCAACUCAUCUUCAUGCAUCACACUAGUCCAUCCUAGAAAACAGCUCGAUUUCUCAGGAGCCACAUCACCUACUUCCUGCACUGCUCGCCCUGAGCGCCACAUGUACAGAUUCACGGGCGUCGCCUCUACCGAAUAAAUCAAGGGCGUUGCAGACACUAUCGUCGGGCGUACGUUGCGAAGACAUCGGCAACAGCGAAUUCUUUGGGUGUACGGGGGCAGGCACGUCAAUCACGACCACAGUGCUGCCACAAGGAAUGCCCACCUGUCCUGGUCAGUGGAUACCAAAAUUUGGUGUACGCAAAAUAAAAUAAAAUUGUGGAGA